AAAUUCAAACGAUUGUAUAGCAUUAGUGUGCAAUGAGCAUGCACUUGAGGAGUGAGAACCAAGCACACGUUGCUUGCUUAUUUUAAAAGUAAGUGCCGUAGUGUGUGCACGCGAUUGUAACAUAACAAAUCCGAGGCAAAUUGAAUCGUAUAGCUGUCGAGGUCCGUGCGCAUCGUGUUCAGAAUAAUAAAGAGCGAAGACAAACAAACUCUCAAGACCAUGUGUGGUUAGGUCGUGAGUGGUGAUAGAACAUUCAAGUUGUGUUCUCAAGGGUAAUUUAGCAAGUAUCUAAUUGUGUAAGUGAUUAAUUAAUAUGCCUGGACACACCAGUAGUCCAUAUUGGACCGCAGUGGAUUUCGACAGUGAAGAAGACGAGCGUUCCGCGCCCAAUAACAGAAUGUAUCUUGAUCCCUGGGAUAACGAUGCUUUUUCAAGAAUGAACGAAGAAUCGAUAGAUUCUAGUCAGGAUCAAUUCAAUUCCAUAGCUGGGGAGCCAGUUAGUGCUAGUUUUUACUAUGUACCAACAAAAAAUUAUGAUUCGUCAGAGGAAAAGUUACCACCGCCUAAAAGGAUUAUACCAGAAGAAGUAAUAACUCCCGACCAUUCAAUCUAUAAUCGAAAGACAUCCAGAUCUAUGAUUCCCGACCAUCAUGACAUACCGAUUUAUGCUCAUAGACCCGUGGGUGAGAGAAGGCGGUCUAUGUACAUGGGAGAACCUAUGUACGCCCCUCAUCCCAUGAUAUAUGAGAGUAUUUAUGGUCCCAUGCCAAUACCUCCGCCCGGAUACGUGCCUCUCCAGAGACCUCGAGUUUCCAUUACGCAUCAUCCAGAUUAUGUACCAGUAAAUAGCUAUAACAAGAAUAGAAGACAUUCCAGAAUGGCAGAAGCAUAUGAGCAAUAUAUGUACGAGAGUCUUCCACAAGAUUAUGAAGAUUGGGCGCAUCCAAUGCCCAAAGCAGCGCCGACCAAUUUUCAUCUAUCGAGGUAUGGACACUUACAAAUCGACUAUUCAUGCAGCUGGAAUUCUCUCGACAGACUCAUACGAAAUCACUAAUGAAGUUCACAUCUGGGACCAAACGAUAAAAUAAGUAGGUACUUUAUUAUUUACUUAUUUAGAUAAGAAGAUGUUAUCGAGACCAGUUUCGAGUUAUUGGAUAUUUAUUGUUACCGCUGCUGGUCUUGUUCUGUAUUCCUAAACAGUUUAUAACAUGUACUGUGUUUAAUAUAGGUAUUUGAAUGUUAGGUAUUACGAUAUUAUGUUAAAUAUUUUUACCCUUUGUUAUAAGGUUUUGUGUAAGUGUAUAAUAUUAUCUAGUAAGUACACUAUAAUAUGUAUAGUAACGUAAUAUUUUAUAUGAAUAAUUUUAAUAUUACGUUUACAUACUGUAAAUUUAUUUAAUUAGAUUAAGGCAACUGCCAAAGAUGAACCCGCUGUAUAAAUAAAUACGUCUUAUUUUACAUAUUUUUUUUAAAUGUUUACCUACUUAUUAUGCUUAAUAUAUUCAAUAGGUAUAAUGAAGAAAAACAUUACCAUAAUGUAAAUAAAUUGUUGUUGUAUUAA